AGAACUAGAUAAAGCUCUUCCCUUCCCUUCCUUUUUUCUGCUCGAAAAGUCUCUUUAUAUUUUUUCUUAAGCACAGUCACUGGGUGCAAAACAUUAAACAAAGUUUAAUGCCAUUCACCACCAUCUGAUGAGAUUACUCUUUCCAAUCCCCAAAAAAAAAUGGACUGUCUUGCUCUUGCCACCAUCUCAGCCACUUCAUCUGCCUUCUCUGUGAGAAAAAUACUGUUUCCUUCACCAUCAGUUGCAGUAAGAGCAAGAAGUAGCAGAAGAGAAAUAUGGUUUCCUAGGAAAAAUGGGUUCUUGGUUUUGGCUGCAAAAGAAGAAGGACAACCAAAGCUGGACCAGUGGGACCAAAUGGAGCUCAAGUUUGGUCAUUUACUUGGUGAAGACCCCAAACUUACUCUUGCUAAGAUAAUGGCUAGAAAAGAAAACCCGGAUGUUUCAUAUCUUGAAGUUGAGAAAUCAUUUUACAAGAAUAAGGGUAGAGCAGUAGAAAUAAAGGAGGUUCCUUUUGAUGUUUCAAUGAAAAAGAAACCAUCCAAUGUAUUGGAUGGUUUGAAUUUAGUUCGGCCGGUUCCGAAGGAAGGAUUUAAAUUUCAAGAAGAGGAUAAGCCAGUAGCUCCUCCCAAGAUAAAGAAAUCAAACCAACCUGUUGAAAAAGCAAUGGAUAACGCAAAGCGUAGUGUUCCAAAUGUUAUUUUGAGAAAGCCAUCUUUGUAUGUAGAGGAUGAUGUGGAAGAUAGGCCAUCUAGGAAUAGGGUGAAUAUUUUACCAAAUUUAACAUUGAAAAUGGGAAAUGAUCAAAAUAAGGAGAAGUUUAGUGAUAUGACACUAUUGAGAAAGCCACGACCAAUGAGUGUUGAUGAGAAGCCAGAUUCUGGGAAUUUGGGAACUGAAGUUAAUCAUGAUGGUGCUGGAAUGAGGGUUGAAAAAGAAGAAGUUGAGAAUAGAUAUAGUGGUUUUACGCUGUUAAAAAAACCCAAAACUAUGAAGAUUGAGUUCAAAGAGUCUUCAGAAACCGGGGAUGCCUCAUUUGAAGAGGAGCAAGUAGAAGAUAACUACAUAUCAGGAAGGCAGCCAUCGGAGAAGAGCAAUAUUGAGUUCACUGAAGAGGAAGCUGCCCUAGACCAACAAUCUGGUAACAAUUUGGUUGAUUCUGCUGUCAAGAUCUCUAUGGAAGCUGCACUGCAAGGGAAACCAAAGAGAUUAGACCAAUAUGUUGAAGCGACAUCAGCCUCUAGAGUAGAAGAUUUGAAUCUUGUAAAUCCUGAAAAUCUUGGAAAUGCUAAUGAGGAUGUCACUUCCAUAUCACCACUGGAGGAUGCUGAUUGGAAAAGGGCAGAUGAUUUGCUUAGGACAGGAGAUAGAGUAGAAGUUGAGUUAAUUAGCUUCAGCGCAAGAGGUUUCAUUGUAUCUUUUGGCUCUCUGGUUGGAUUUUUGCCAUACCGUAACCUAGCUGCAAGGUGGAAGUUCUUAGCUUUUGAGUCAUGGUUGAAACAGAAAGGCUUGGAUCCAUCACUCUACAAGAAAAACUUAGGAAUAAUUGGAAGCUACAAUGUCCCAGAAAAGAACAGUUCUCUUGAUUCAAGCAUUGUUCCAAAUACAGAUAGAAAAAUUGAGUUAGAAAAUAAGCCGGAUAUGAAGUUAGAGGAUCUUCUUAUGCUAUAUGACCAAGAAAAACUGAAGUUCCUGUCUUCUUUUGUUGGUCAGAAAAUCAAAGUGAACGUGGUUAUUGCUGAUAGAAAAUUGAGGAAACUUGUAGUUUCUCUGAGGCCAAAAGAGAAGGAAGAGUUGGUUGAGAAAAAGAGACAUCUCAUGGCUACACUUCAAAUUGGGGAUGUUGUGAAAUGCUGCAUCAAGAAAGUAACUUAUUUUGGCAUUUUUGUUGAGGUUGAAGGUGUGCCUGCGUUAAUUCAUGCAUCGGAGGUCUCAUGGGAUGCCACUCUGAACCCUGCAUCCUGUUUUAAAGUUGGUCAGAUUGUGGAGGCAAAAGUUCACCAAUUGGACUUUACCCUUCAACGUAUUUUCUUAUCAUUGAAGGAGAUUACACCUGAUCCUCUGAUUGAGACCCUGGAAUCUGUCUUUGGUGGUCGUGCUCCCCGGGAUGGGAGAUUACAAGCAGCAGAAGCCGAUUCUGAGUGGGCUGAUGUUGAAACACUUGUCAAAGAGUUGCAACAAAUUGAAGGGAUCCAGUCUGUAUCUAGAGGCCGCUUCUUUUUGAGUCCAGGUUUAGCUCCCACAUUUCAGGUUUAUAUGGCGUCCAUGUUUGAGAAUCAAUACAAAUUGCUUGCUCGAUCUGGAAACAAAGUACAAGAGGUGAUAGUUCAGGCGUCAUUGAGCAAAGAAGAAAUGAAAUCUACGAUUUUGUCUUGCACUAACAGAGUGGAAUAGUUUUGUGCUGAACUGUAAAUUCCUCUGACCUCCUACCCAGUCUACAAGUUGCCAUAUUUCAGACUGCGACGCUGGACUUUGCCACCACUAGCAAAAAAAAGAAAAAAAAGGGGUUCUGUUCAACAUAUUUUUAUUCUUUACUACUUAUUUUCUGUUUCUUCUUUGUGUGGAUUUGGUUGGGCGAAGAUUUUGCGGUAUUACACAAUCUCUGUUUUGCUGUCACAGGAUGUAUUAGCGUAACUGUUGUACAAAGAUAUUCAAUUAUGGUAUUUUAUUAAUUUUUAUAGAAAAGAUUUAGAA